AUGGCUCGCUCCUCGGGUGUCCUUGCAGGCGGCCUACUGGGUGCUGCCUCCCUGGGAGGCCUGGCCUUCCUGGCACCCGGCUCCACAAGCCGACAGGUCGAAGUGCAAAGGGAGGUCGCUGUGGCUGCGCAGGCCCCAGGCUUCCUGGCAUCCACGUCCAGCACCGGCAGCGCGGCCCAGGGCGUCACGGGCGCCUUGGCCGUGGCCGGCUUGAGCGUCGCUGCCGUGAGAGGCGCAUCUUCCGCAUCCCGCCAGAAGGGCAUCAAGCCUCGGGCGGCCAAGAGCGUCGUCGCCUGCAACUCCUUGGCAAAGCUGAAGAUCGACGAAGUGGACCUCAAGGACCAGCGCGUCUUCAUCCGCGUUGACUUCAACGUGCCCCAGGACAAGAAGGACCCGAACAUCAUCACCAACACGGCCCGAAUCGAUGCGGCCCUGCCCACCAUCAAGUAUGCCCUCGACAACGGUGCCAAGUCCGUGGUCCUCUGCUCUCACUUGGGCCGCCCCAACGGCCAGAAGGACGAGAAAUUUUCCAUGAAGCCGGUGGCCAAGGUGGUCGAGGAGAAGUUGGGACGGCCUGUGAAGCUGAUGAACGACGUGGUUGGCGAGGAGGUCGAGGCUGCGUGCGCGGACCCCGAGCCGGGCACCGUGAUCCUGCUGGAGAACUCCCGGUACUAUGUCGAGGAGGAAGGCAAGGGCAAGGAUGCUGAUGGCAACAAGGUGAAGGCCGAUGAGAAACAGGUGAAGGAGUUCCGUGCCUCUCUGGCCAAGCUGGCGGACAUCUACUGCUCCGAUGCCUUCGGCACUGCCCACCGUGCCCACAGCUCCAUGGUCGGAGAAGGCUACCCCGUGAAGUGCUCUGGCUUCCUCCUGGCCAAGGAGCUCGACUACUUCGCCAAGGUGGUGGACGCGCCCACGAGGCCGGUGUGCGGCAUCCUCGGAGGGGCGAAGGUCGCCGACAAGAUCCAGCUGAUCAUGAACCUCUUGGACAAGGUUGACAUCAUGAUUAUCGGAGGAGGCAUGGCGUUCACCUUCAUCAAGGAGGCCGGCGUGGACAUUGGCAACUCCCUCUAUGACGAGGAGGGUGCCAAGCUGGUGCCGGAGAUCAGGAAAAAGGCCGAGGAGAAGGGUGUGGAGCUGAUCCUGCCCGUGGACUUCGUGUGCUCCUCCAAGUUCGGAGAUGAUGGCGAGAUCCAGGAGGGCGACAUGAGCACGGGUGUUCCCGAGGGCUUCUUGGGUCUCGACAUUGGCCCAAAGUCCAUCGCCAUGAACGACGAGGCCAUCAAGAAAUCCAAGACGAUCGUUUGGAACGGUCCUAUGGGCGUGUUCGAGAUGGAGGCCUUUGAGAAGGGGACGAAGCAGAUGAUGGAGACCAUCGUGGCGGUCACCAAGGAGGGUGCCGUCUCAGUCAUCGGUGGAGGCGACACGGCCACUGCUUGCAAGAAGUACGACACCGUGGACAAGGUCUCCCACUGCAGCACCGGCGGUGGGGCCUCUUUGGAGCUACUCGAGGGCAAGCUCCUGCCCGGCGUGGCCGCUCUGGACGACUCCAAGGCCCUGGCAGACGCCUAG